AUGUCGCACAAGUCCGCGAUAACUUGCCACGUUCUCGACGCGUCUACAGGGAAGCCGGCGUCCGGCGUCCAGGUUCGUGUGCAAGAACAUCAUCGGGUGCAAGAUGGCAUGUCGCUUUUCGAGCCGUUGGCGGAGGGAACCACCGACACGGACGGCCGCUGUAUGAAUCUCCUCCCCGCAUCAACCGGUAUCAACACUGCCGAUGGAAACAACAAGUUUUCCCUCAAGCCCGAUACGCUGUACAAGGUUGUCUUCCAUACGCGGGAGUACUUCGAGCGAGAUGGUCGGCGCUGUUUUUAUCCAUGGGUCGAGAUCACCUUCAAUGUGGGACAAACCGACGAGCAUUAUCAUAUCCCGCUGUUGAUCAGUCCGUACUCUUAUACGACGUAUCGUGGAAGCUGA